UUGAUUGAUAAUUAAGUACUUGUUAUAGUUGAUAAAAGCCAACGUAACUUAUAGGUUAUGUAUGUACUCGAAUCGAUUUAAAUUUUUUAUUAACUGAGAGCACCUGAAAACUAUCUCCUUCGUCUUUAAGAUCUUAAGUUACCAAGAGCCAUAUAAACUAUUUCAAUACCAAAUUCUGUUGACAACUUCACAAUAUUUGAGUUUGUGCCGGAAUCGAAAUCAUUCAAGAUUUUGGUGUAAUUUCACUAAAGCCUUACGUACAUUGUUUUAUUUGUAUUCGAGUUUUGUGAUUCCUGUGUAGUUUCCUUAGAAGGUUUUUGAUUGAAAAAAUGUCUAAUGUUAGCUAUGAUAUGGAUACAUCGGGAGGUCUUAUGCCGUUAAUAAAGGCCCUAAUUAAGCCUCCGGAUGAGGAUUUGAACGUCCCGAAGCCUAAGAAGCCUCAGCAUCCAUAUUACAAGAGGCCUGGAAAGGGUCAUAACCACGAUUCGUGCGACGCUUGCGGUGAAGGCGGAGAUCUUAUCUGUUGCGACCGAUGUCCAGCAAGCUUCCAUCUUGGUUGCUAUGAUCCACCUCUGGACGAAACUGACAUCCCAGCUGGCUUGUGGUUGUGUCGUGAGUGCCAUGCAGCUGAUGAGAACAAACCGUCAAGUUCACGUAGCAGUCGUGCUCAGUCUCCUGCUGACAAAUCUGACGGGGAGAAGAAGACUAGAUCCCUGCGAAAUAAUCGGACGAAUUCCAAAAAGAAAAGUAAAGAGGACGACGAUGAGGUCAAGAAGGAGACAGAGAGGCAGGCUGAAGCGGAGAAAGAGCUAUCUCCGAUGGAAGUGCUGGUUAAAGCUGCCAAGAUAAUGAACCCGAGGCAGUUUGAACUGCCCCGAGAAUUAAGAAUACCGUGUAUAUUUCCCGGUACUGAAAAAGAAGGCGCGGGCGAGGCGGGGGCGGGGGCGGGGGCGGGGGCGGCGGGCGGCGAGUGCUUCGUGUGCGGCGCAUCGUGCCGCGUCGCGCCGCUGCUGCGCUGCGACUACUGCCCGCUGCUGUACCACCAGGACUGCCUGGAGCCGCCGCUGACGGCGCUGCCCACGGGGCGCUGGAUGUGUCCGAACCACGUUGAACAAUAUAUCGACUGGAAGCUGGUGAACUCCAUCUCGGCGACGGAGCGGGUGGCGCUGUGGGACCGGUUCGCGGGGCCCGUGGACCAGCACGCCAUCAAGAUAGACUUCCUGCGCCGCGCUAGGAACCCCAACCCCAGGUUCAGAAUAAAGAUCCCGGCCCACGUCCGGGGGCGCGUGCGCGUGCCGCCCAUGGUCCGCAGCCACUACCGGCGCCCCGCCCCCCUGCUGCCGGCGCGGAGGGAGCACGUGCGCUGUCGGAAUGUGUUAAAGAAUCUGGGAUUAUCGAGUGUACUGGAGAGUGACGGCGAAGAGUGUCGGAAGCACACCAUCUGUAUGAACAUGGACUGUCCGUCCUACAGCGGCGCCGCCCCCUGCCCCGCCGCCGCGCCGCACCCCCCCGCGCCCCGCCCCGCGCAGGCGAGUGCGAGCCCGGGCUCGUCGGACUACUCGGACUCGGAUCUGGAGUACUACACGGCGUCAGUGAAGAGACGGAAGGCCACCGGCGCCGAGGACAAGGGGUUCGGCCGGCGAGCCCGCGCCGACCGCGUGCAGCUGCGCGCCGACGAGCACGUGGAGCAGCUGCUCGCGCUCGUCGACGAGCAGCUCAAGAAGCUCGACGAGAGGCUCGUGAGGCUGCUCGCCUGGCAGCGGCUGCAGCAGGUGCUGGCGGGCGAGGCGUGCGCGGGCUGGUGGCGCGACGUGCCGCUCUCCCGGGCCGUGGCACGCGCGCUGGCCAGGCACCUCACGCGGGGCGCGCUCGCCGCGCACGGGUUCCGUCACGUGUCGCUGCCGUCGGAGCUGCUGUCCCGGGCGGACCGCGAGCGCAUCGCCCGCAGCGUGUGGGGCGCCGCGCCCGCCCCCCGCCCGCCGCCCCGCGCCGCCCCCCGCGCCACCCCCUCCCCGCCGCCGCCGCGUGCGCGCGCCCUGUCCGACGCGUGCGUGCGGGCCACACUCUGUGCUAUCAACUCUAUGGACAGCGCUGGGCCGGGCGACUCCCUGGGCCGGCCGGUGCCCAUGCGGCUGUCGUCGCUGACCGUGGGCUCGGACAGCGGCUGUGACGUCACACUCGACCCCGCCCUCUGCCGGUGCGUCUCCCGGAACCACGCCGUUAUAUUCAUGGACGAGGUGAGCGGGCACUUCGAGCUGAUCAAUUACUCCGAGUUCGGCAGUCGCGUUAACGGCGUGCUGUACACGUGCGACCCCCUCGCCGCCGCCCCCGCCCCCGCCCCCACCCCCGCGGCGGACGACGCUCUGCCGCGCGCGCUUCGAGAUGUCGUCAAACAGAAGGACUCCCCGCUCGACAGGAUAAAAGGUGACAUCACGGAGCCCACGUCGUGGUGCUCGGCGUGCUCGUGCGGCGCGGGGGCGGGGGCGGGCGCGGGCGCGGGCGCGGCGGCGGGCGCGUGGGAGGGCUCGGCGCUGGUGCCGCACGGCGCGCUGCUGCAGUUCGGGUGUCGCCUCUACGUGUUCAGCAUCACCGACGCCAAGCCCUUCCCCUACGAACAGAUCAUCACCGACCCGGCGCUGUAGCCGCCCCCGCGCCUGCUUGUCUAUCCCUCGACAAUAUUGGACGCUGUCAGAACCGGCUCGACUGUGCUCCAGCACCGCCCGGUCACCAGCUACAAGGAUAUACAUAUAUAUAUAUAUAUUUAGCCUACCUAUUAUUGAUGCUAGGCUUCACGAGCUCAUGGGGCUCAUUCAGGGAUUUCGGCAGUGAUGGGCAAAAUGUAAUUAAAAUAAUAAAUACAAAUUACAGUUACAUUGAAGAAGUUGUCGUGGCCUAAGGGAUAACACGUCCGGUGUUCGAAUCCCGCAGGC